GGCGCCCAAUUGACUAUCGACCAUGGACAGGACUCAUGGAUAAAGAUGAUAGUGAAUUCUAUAAGAAAUGGUCUAAUAACAACAAUCCAUCAUCUGUUGCUUUAAUCAUCAAUUCCGGUACCAGCACAGGAAAAUCAUCCCGUUUCCCUUACGCAUUAUAUUUAAGUGAUCUAAGUAUUCGUAAGAAUGGUAAAUAUUAUUCAAAAAAAGGUGGAGGUGCCAAAUUUAAAAUGAUCAUACUGACCAUCACUAAUCUCUUAAGAGAAAAUUAUAAGAUUGACGGUACCAACCGAAUUAAGGACCCAUCAGACAUAACACUUCAUGAUCCAUAUCAACAUUACCUUCAAGAUCUGACAACAGGCAGAUCCAUUUACACUCCAGCAACAUUCUUGUUAAUCCUAUCGUCUGCAACACCGGCAGGUAUUGAUGAAAUACCUUCUCUUACUUUUAACUCUGGCUUACCUGAUAGAUACAAAAAAACUAUAAUUAAACUAGAAAAUGAGAAUGUCGUAGACAUGCACAACUUCAUUUGCGAACUUCCUGAAUAUAAUGAAUUUACAAGUCAAGAUGGUGAUUUUCUUGUCUUUCAGCCCUGGGUGAGUAAGUUCGAGGAAACUGCCCAAGGGUUUCAAGAAGCUGUUCCAAAGCGUGUCACAUAUACCCUCAGCCGAGAAAAUGUCCGUAAGGAAAUCCCUACUGAUAAAACAUUAAUUAUUUCAAACAUUGGUAAAAUCGGGUUUGACCCACCCGGUAAGAAAUGUCUCAUAGAUGUUGGGAAAACUCUUGGUAAUGAUCGAAAUGAAUUUAAGAGCGGCAUAUGGAGUAGUCCUGCCGAAUACCAACAAACAAUAGGAAGGGUCGGUAGAUCAGGAGAUGGCAUUAUUCUUACACACCCUAAAGCUGGAACAGGACCAGUUCUAAGACCGUAUGAAGGUUACACUUAUUAUCCCGCGAUUAAAUUCAUUGACAAUAAAUUCACAGACCAACAACAACACCUUAUUGCUCUUGUCAUCGCACUAUAUGGUGAUAAUAUUAAUGAAGACCAAAUACGAAAUUUAUGGUUCAAAAUCAUCAAAAAUGAUUUAUCUGAUGAGACCCUAUCCGGAUACUACCGUAUUUUAGG